AUGACGACGAAAUAUGAACUUUCCGACUUUGACAAAGGGGGCUUAAACAAAAUAGUGCGGGUCUUCAUACUGUAUGAGCUCCAAUCUACCUCUGAUGUCGAUCAAUUGAUUUCCGCCUUGAAAGAAGGAGUGAGAAAUGCAACACUUCAGUUGCCAUUCAUGGCAGGAAAUUUCCAAUUCAUGGAAUCUGGAAAGGUCAAUAUUGUAGUCUCCCCAGAAAGCGAGGUGCAAGUCGAGACCCGCCGACUCAACUCCACAGAGCUCAAGUCUUUUUCUACGUUGUCCAAGAACUCUUUUUCUCCCGAUGAUCUGGACUUCGCUAAAUUCUUACCUGAAGAGUCAACCGCCGCGAAACCAGUCUGUACUCUUCAAUUCACUCUCAUCGACAGUGGGCUGGUCUUAGGGCUCAGGAUGAACCACGCAGCCGGAGACUGGGCAUCCAUGGAUAGAUUCUUGUCUCUAAUCUGUCAAAGCAGCAAGUCAUACCAGCAAGGCCUUGAAAUGCCAACAUUUACACCAGAUCUCAAGAGAGAACCAUAUAAUACCCCAUCUGAAUCGACAAUCUCAAGACAAGAGAUACUAGAAAAGCUCCCAAUCUUCUACGUCAUGGAGAAGAGCGACUUUCGACCAAAGCCACAACCACCUUCUCGAUCAUGCAUCUAUCAGAUAACCAACUCGUCUGUCGAAAAACUCAAAGCGAGAUGUACCCCGCUCCUGACAGAGGUUGACUACAUAACCUCAUAUGAUUGCAUCUCGGCCCUGAUGUGGAAAUCAAUCACACGAGCCCGACUACAACUUCACCCCGAGAAAUCUGCCACAAAAUCCCGCUUCAUCCACCCCAUCGAUGUGCGCACUCGAGAUCCAGAGAAGAAAACCUCUGAUCGAUACUUCGGCAAUGCAGUGAUCGGAUCUCAAGCCGGUCCUCUUGUUGCUGAAGCCCUGGUAUCAAACGAAGACAAAAGUCUCGCAGUCGCAGCCACGCGAAUCCGCCAGUCUAUCACUGCGACCGACCUCUGGCAAAUCAGUCGCAUGAACUCGCUUGUGGCAUCUCUAUCGCCAACGGAGAUGCUUAACUACGGCGCGGACUUUGGCGAUAUGGAUAUUUUCAUGAAUAGCUGGUAUUCGGGGAGUGCGGAAAAGUAUGAUAUCGGUGCUGCUUCGGUUCCUAUUGCAUUUAGACAGGCCGGUGCUAUGCCGGGAGCUUGCGUGGUUAUUUUGCCGAAUUUCUCGCGGGGACCAGUGAAUGUGUUUGAUGUCCUUGUGCAGUUGACUGGUGAGGAGCAUGAGUCUCUGGGGAAUGACGCAGAGUUCUUGACGUAUUUUGAGCCUGCUGUGUGA